AUGGCAGCCAGAGAGACCAUCAAGAAGGUUACAUUCGAUCCCAUGAGUUUCAUGCACUCGAAUAUGGCGGACAGGGCAUCCGUGGAAACAACCGGCAGUAGGUCGAGUAGACUGAGCAGCAAGGCACUGGCGGAGAAGCUGACCUGGCAAGAGGCCAACCCGAAGUACAACUUCUUCGAGAGGGACCUCUUUCCAGACAGCUCGGACAGUUCCUCGGACGAAUUCGACUUCCCGGAGACCCUGGUGGAGCGGGUCCAUCGCAUCUACUUUGCGCGCCGUCGGAAGCAGCACUACAAUGAAGCCGCCAACCGGGCUCUAGCCAGGAAGUUGAUUCACGAGGAGUUCGGCAGCCAAACGUUCAGUUCGCAAGGGAGCAAAAAGGAUGAAGAGGGCAUUCCUGACGAAGCGAUGACUGAGUGUUCCAUGUGUAUAGAUGAGUCAUCGGAGGGCUCGUACCCCUUCUUCCAGCAAUUAGAUUCGUCCAGUGUGUCGACUGUGGAUGAAGCAGAGUUGAAGGAUGAACCAGAACCCGGAUUCCAGCCGUCUCAUCGCUGCUACGAAACACUGACUGGCUAUAAUAAUACUGUUACUUCGAACAAAGUCGUCGCUGCACCCAAAUCACCCGAGCCAUCUCACGAUCGAAUACCAGAUGACCCAGUACCUGAAACGACAGAUCGACCACGAGAACUACCAAGCGCUCACAUACCAACCUCAUUCACCGAUUCCCGAAUGUUGGCCGACAAUUUUUAUGAUAUGGCUGAGGACAGGAAUAAUGUGCUCACUGCCAUGGAGCAUUGGUUGUCAAUGAAGCAUACCCGCGUGAUGGACAAGGGCAAGAACUGGGACCUCGACCAGUCCCGCAAUAGUGAGGACAAAAGAAAGGACAGAAAAAGUCGCAGUAUCAACGUUUCUCGCGGGCAACUCUAA